CGGGCAGACCCCAGCGCGUGGAAAAGCCUCUGCCUUUAAUAGGCUAGGUGACACGCGCCGUCGUCCGGUUUCGGAGAGGAUGGCGGGACGGAUUGGUGAUCUUCGUCCUGGCUCGCCAAGGGAAAGUUUGGGGUCUGUGUCUCGGACAGCGGAUCAGCCCCGCCCGGACAAGGGCAAGGGGAAGUUGCACGAGGAUGACGCGCGUCACCAGAUCAACGCGGCUCACGACGAGCGCCUGAGGAACCAGCCGGGCGCCGCUGCGGCCGAUAGGGACCCCCGGGACGAGGUCAUCGCCCAGCUGGAAAGGAGGUUGGCUCAGAUGGAGGCCAAACAUUCGGCUAACGUCCCUACGGCCGGCGCCUCCAACGACCCCGGUCUCAACGCGCUCAUGAACAAAGUCAGCGCCCUGGAGAGGGAGCUGGCCGAAGGGCGGGGUGACCCCAUCAUCCAGGUCAGGACUAGGACCCCUUUCACCAACAGGGUCCUCUCGGCCCCCAUCCCUGAGAAGUACAGGGGGAACGCCAUCAAGUCCUACGAUGGCCGAUCAGACCCCUAGGAGCACUUCAGCCGCUAUCAAAACAACAUGCUGAUGGUAAACGCGUCCGACGAAUACCUCUGCCGUUGGUUCCUCUCUACUCUCGAGGGGCCAGCGUACGAGUGGUUCAACGGACUGCCAGAGGGAAGCAUCGACUCAUGGCAAGAUCUCGCCCAGCGCUUCCUCACUCACUUUGCCGGGAGGAAGCGCGCCAAGAAGUAUUUCACCCACCUCCUCUCCGUCAAACAGCAGCACGAGGAGUCCCUCCGGUCAUUCAUCGACCGGUGGACGAGGGAGACCGAGGAGGUCGAGGGGGCCGAUGAGCGCACCCUCCUCGCCUUGUACCAGGGAGCCCUCCGCAGCUCCCCGUACGCCAGGAGCCUCAUCACCGACCCCCCGAGGUCGUACGCCAAGGCGCUCCAACGCGGAGGCUUGUAUGCCGACGCUGACGAGCUCCACAAUCACAAGAGAGAGGGGGGCCAUCCCCCCAAGAAGACAAAUCCUUUGCCGGCCUCGGGUCCGUCCCCGGCCGGCCAGGGUGCCCAGGGCCGCCACGGCUCUGGUGGACAAAGUAAGAAAGACCGCCACUGGCGGCCGAGGCUGGAACGGCCGGGGGUAGCCCUCACCCACCCGGUCGGCACCAUCCUCGAUUAUGCCGAGAAGCAUGGCCUCAUCGAGCAGGCUCCUCGGCCGGCCGAGGAGAUCCUAGCCAUCCAGCAGGGCGGCAUGUACUGCCGGUUCCACAAGAACUCGUCGCACAACACCGACGAUUGCAUCACAUUGAAGAAGGCCAUCGAGCGCCUUAUUCGCCAGGGGGAACUCUCCCAGUUUGUCAAAGGUGGCCCACGGAAAAACACUUGGGUAAACACCGGCAAACGUGGGGGCGAACCCUCUGCGAAGAAGCGCGAGAUUGGUAGGCUCAGCGACGACGAGGACUUCGAGGAGCCUCCGCCGAAGAAGAAUCACAUCCACCUCAUCGUAGGCGGGAACACUGGGGGGGACUCCGCCACUCAGAGAAAGAAAUGGGCCCAAUCCCUUUACAUUGGAGAGGUGUCCCACGUUCCCCCCCAGCCGAAGAAGCAGCGAACGGAGGCGAUCACCUUCACCGACAAGGAUCUGCCUCCGGGUACGGAAUCACACAGGGACGCCCUCGUCAUCCGAUGUGAGAUCGGUGACUCCAUCAUCCACCGAACUUACAUCGAUACGGGGAGCUCCGUCAACGUGAUGUACCUAGACACCUUCAAGCAGCUGAAGCUGGACAGAGCUAUGCUGAAGCCGAUCAAGACCCCGUUAUCCGGCUUCACCGGGGACUCUAUCGACGCCGAGGGCACGAUAGUCCUCCCCGUGGAAGUCGGUGACGGCCCCCACCAUGCCAAAAUUGACAUGGAGUUCAUGGUGGUCAACCUCCAGUGCGCCCACAACUUGAUCUUGGGCCGGCCAGCGCUGGAGGACUUGGAGGCCAUCAUCUCCAUGAAGCACCUAUGCUUGAAGUUCCCCACCAAUGACGGCAUCGGCUACGCCAGAGGAAAUCAGAGGAUAGCCAGAGCUUGCUACCUCAAGCUGACGAGGCCGGCCGAAAGGGAAGGACAGCGGAUAGACACCAUCACGGCCGCCGUCGCCAUGGACGAGGAGAGGCCACAUGCGGAGCCGGCCGAGGAGGUCGAGGAAAUCCCUCUGGAUACCUCCCAGCCGGAGCGGGUUCUCAGGGUCGGAAAGCAACUCCCCCAGGACCAGCGAGACGCCAUCCUCCUCGUCCUACGGUCAUACGCCGUUGUCUUCGCGUGGGGCCCGGACGAUAUGCCCGGCAUCAGCCGCCAGGUGAUCACUCACCGGCUGACCGUCGAUCCGGCCUCCGCGCCCGUCAAACAGAAGCGGCGCUACUUGUCCGCUGACAGGCGGGACUUCGUCAAAGGGGAGGUCGCCAUGCUCCUAUCGAUCAAACAUAUCAAAGAGGUGAAGUACCCAACAUGGUUGGCCAACGUCGUCCUCGCACAGAAACCGCCGACGUUCAGAAUGUGUGUUGACUACACUGACCUGAACAAGGCGUGCCCCAUGGACCCGUUCCCCCUCCCCAACAUUGAUCAGUUGGUGGACGAGACGGCAGGGUGCGAGUUGAUGUCGUUCCUCGACGCUUUCAGAGGGUACCACCAGAUCUCCAUGCACGAAGAUGACGCCGAGAAGACGACAUUCAUGACCCCAGAGGGAAUAUUUUGCUACCUCGUCAUGGCCUUCGGACUCAAAAACUCCGGCGCCACCUAUACUAGGAUGGUGGCCAAAAUCUUCAGAGCGGUCCUUGGCCGGACGAUGGAGGCGUACGUCGACGACAUGAUCGUCAAGAGCAGGCAGGCCACCUCCCACGCCGACGACCUCCGGGAAAUCUUUGAAAUCAUGAAGGAAUUCAGGCUCCGCCUUAACCCCAAGAAAUGCGCCUUCGGCGUCCAAGGCGGCAAGUUCCUUGGCUACAUGGUCAGCCGGAGAGGCAUCGAGAUAAACCCGGAGAAGACGCAGGCCAUCAUCAACAUGGAGCCGCCCCGCAACGUCAAGGAGGUACAGCGACUGACGGGGCGCCUGGCGGCCUUAAACCGGUUCCUCUCCAGGUCAGCUGAGAGGGCACUCCCCUUCUUCCAGAUCAUGCGCAAGGCAACCAGCUUCAGGUGGACGACGGAGUGCCAGGAAGCAUUCGACGAAUUGAAAAGGUACCUGUCGUCCCCACCCAUACUCUCCAAGCCCAAAGCCGACGAAACCCUCUUCCUGUACUUGGGGGUGAGCACGUCGGCCAUCAGCUCCGUGCUCAUCCGUGAGGACGAAGGGGUGCAGAAGGCCAUCUUCUACAUCAGCAAGACACUUAGGGAGGCCGAACUCAGGUACUCCCCCAUUGAGAAGACGGUGCUGGCCAUCGUCCACACCGUGAAGAAGCUGGGGCACUAUUUCCAAUCCCACACCGUCCAUGUGCUAACCCAGCAGCCUCUCGGCGCGCUCAUGAGGAGCCCCACUAGCUCCUCGAGGAUGGUGAAAUGGGCGAUCUUCCUCAGCCAGUUUCAAAUUGAGAUCAAGCCAAGGCCAUCUAUCAAAGGGCAAGCCUUGGCCGACUUCGUCAUCGAAUGCACAGCAAGGGAGACGGCCGUCGCCAACCCCGGGCCGGAGCCGGACGACACGUGGACCCUGUUCACUGACGGCUCGUCGGCCGCGAAAUCAUGCGGCGGCGGCGUCUUCCUCAUAUCCCCUGAAGGAUUCAGAGCCUACUAUGCCAUCCGCUUCAACUUCAGGGUAUCCAACAACGAAGCCGAGUAUGAGGCCCUCCUCAGCGGUCUCAGACUCGCCGCCGGCCUCAAGGCCAAGCACCUCAGAAUCAAGUGCGAUUCCAAACUGGUAGCGGUCUCAGACUCGCCACCUGCUGUUGUGGCCGUUGAAGGGGCCCUUUCUGUUGGCAGCGUGUUAAGCCGAUAUGGGCCCACUUUGUGGUGUGACCAACCAAUGAAAUGAUUAUUGACUGCUAGGGCCGAUGUAGUCGUGCCAUAUGGAGGCAGAUAUUCCUUCUUGGUGUGGCCGUUGAAUGCCUUGGCCGAUAUGAAUGCUGACUGCUGGUACGUUGGCAAUGGACUGGUACUGAUGGAAGUGGGCCUGGCCCAUCUUCUGUACCGGUGGCAGCUUAUUGGGCCUUGGGAGUGGUGGCCGUUCAUGUGGCCAAUGGGGGAGUGCCACGUGUAGUGACCGUUGGGAGGGAGGUCUAUAAAUACCCCCCUCUUUUCGAAGGAACACCCUAUUGCAUUCUGAGAUAAUGAAGCGCUGCCCAAAUUUCUAGAGAGAUAAAGGCUUGUUCGAGUGUUCUUCAAAACUUCAAAACUUCAAAGGUUAGUUCAUCAAACUUUUCUCCUCUUUUUUAUAUACUUUGCUUCCCUAAGCGUUGAUCUAGUGUUAGUCAAAAACCAACCUUAGAUCUAAAGUAGUUCCCUUUAAGGCUCCGUUAGCUGUUAAGAUGAAGACUCUGGACGAAGAGUACUAUCCGUAUGACGAUGAGGCUUCUGUCAAAUCCCUUGACUACCGAGUGGUGGAGGAGUGUUGCGAGGAGAUAGAGGAUUUGAGCUCCUUCAAGUCAGGGGAGCAAGAGGACGAGGAGAACCAGGACGAGGAGGCCGCCUCGUCAUCUGAAGGUGAGGACGUAGGGGUCUCUCGUGCCGUGGGCGGAGCAUCUACGUCGGCUACUAUUCCCUGCCCAAAGCCGGUGUCUGCUGUUAAGGGGACCGCCCCGAAGAGAAGGCUCCGGUUGAAGAAGGGUCACACUUUCUCCUUCUCGGAUCUCACCAAAGUCCGUAUCAUCAGGCCGCAGAGCUGCGCGGCCGAGUACCUGGUUGCCCAGAUGUACGUGGGACCAUUUGGUAAGGUUAAGGCGCCCAAGCCGACGGACCACGUACCUAAUCCAUCGUCGGGCUACUUUGAGGUAUACCCCAUGAGUUUUGCCAAGGGGCUCAGGUUACCCCUUCAUCCGUUCAUUACUGAAUACUUGGACAUGAUGGAGCUUCCUUCGGCCCCGCUAACCCCAAACAGCUAUUCGUUGAUCAUCGGCUUUCUCCUUCGCUGUGCCGAGUUAGAUUUCAAGCCGACAACGACCCUCUUUAUGAACCUGUAUCAGAUAGGCCGGGUAGCCACCAGAACUGUGCCGGCUAUGCCAAUCUGCAGCAGGUGAAGAAUGGGAGGUCCUUCUCUUAUCUCCCGACGUCUAUCCAUGGGUGGAAAAUCAAAUUGUCUUCGUGUCUCUGGGCGAGGGUGGGACUGAGUUUCCUUCCGUCGGCCACAACGGGAGGUUUAACCUCCAUGAUGCGUCGAAGAGUUCAAUUUUGGACGCUCAAGUGGUGGCGUUCUUGGAAGGGGGCCGAGGAGCGUGAAGGAGUGCAUCACGGAGUAUAAGAUGGCCGCCCUCGGCUACUUGAGAUACUUCGUCCAUGGGGACGCAGAGGAUGACGUCGAAAUUUGGCCAAAGAUGACUACCACUUUUGAGGAAGCCGAUGGCCCGGAUUUGGGCGUGCCUGCCGAUGACUUUGUCAUGGAUCGCCGAUCUGUCAUGAUCAGGGCGAAGGCGAAGGUGGCCGCCGAACAUGCUGCAAAGAAUGCUGCGAAGCAAGUCGCCGAGGCUGGAGCACAGUCGAGCGCUGCUUAGACGUCAAAACCGCCCACCCAGCCGAAGAAGAAACGACACACCGACGAAGGCCAGAAGAAGCUGACUGAGGCCGGCAUGCAACCUGCCAAGAAGUCAAAGAGGGCUUCUCCCUCGGCCGAGGCUGAUGCUGAUGCUGCGACCGUGCCGGCCGGAGACGCUGGAGGUUCCAAUGUUGUCACUGUAAUCAACCUGACAUCUGCUCCGUCGUCCACUGCUGUCUCCCAACUGAUCGGCUGAAACUUGCAAGUGUACAAGUGCCAAUGUAGUAAUAAAUUCCGGUAAAAAUACCGGGUCGAAC